UAACGUUUCUAUAAUUGAACGACGCGUGUUUUUUUUUUUGUUUGUUUGUUUGUGUGAUUAAAAAAAAAUGGUAGUAAGUUGUGAUCGUGACGUUUUUUAAAAGGCGAAUUGUUAGAAUCUGUUUUACCUUUGACAUUAAGAAUAGGAUUAGAAAAGAACAAAACAAUUGUAUAGGAAUUAUCUAGCGUUUUUUCUUUUGUUGGUGAAUGUGCCUAGUUAAUCACUCGCUAUGUAACUCCAAUAAGGUGGCGACAGGUAUUGAAGAAAUACAUCACAGAAAAGCAGUGAAUGUUUUUUUUUUUGAAAUAGAGAACAAUGUUGAAAAAGAAUUAUAUGAUUUGGAAGAACAAAUCGAGUCAUUGGAAUCUUUGGACUCCAGUUCCUUCGAGAUCUUAAAGGUUCUGGAAGAACUUAAGGUAUGCUACGGAAAUUUAAAAGUUUUUCAAAAGCAAGUUGAGUGUGAGAGACUGGAAGAAGCGACAUGCGAAACCCGAAAUCAAAAGACCACGUUAAACUGUGACUCAAACGAUAAAAAUGAGGAGCCGGAAGGUAUGUCAAGUGAUUCGUCGAUGUGUUUGUCAAGUGAUUCGUCGAUAUGUUUGUCGAGUGAUGAGGAGUUGGAAGAUUUGUCGAGUGAUAGGUUGCCAAAAAGUAAAAGCAGGGUAUGCUUUCAGUCAUACGAGGAAACUUGUGACGGCUUACUUUUGGAGUUAAUUAUUAAAGCUUGGGAAGUUGUUGAAGUGUCUCACUAUCUUGAGCUGCGUUUGUCUCAAUUUGUUUGGGGCGCGUACUUUUAUGAACAUUUGAAGGCGGGUCAACUUGUAGCGUUUUGUGAUUUUCGUUUGAACGGCACACCUUUUUGGAAUGUAGCACAAGUAGUGGAGACUUAUGUCGAUUGUUAUGAUACUUUAGAUGUCAAAAUAUUUUUGAAGAAAAUGUCGUGCGAUACGUGUCUUGAUUUCGGUGGUUUAAAACGUGUCGAGACACGUUCAUGCGAUAUGCCUGUAUUGAAAGAUAUUUCAACCAAGUUUUAUGUUAUUUCUAAAGUGAAAGUAAAACUGGUCGCCCCCAGAUCCUACGCUGAAAAAGCGUGUGACGACAUUGAACACUGUACUGGUCACGAUUGCUUGUAUGACCACGGGCGUCUCAUUGAGCCGCAAAAUAUUCGUACAUUUCUUUUAAAUACUGUUAUGCAUAGGGGUCGUCAUGUAGUCGUUCAAUGUGAAGCCACCGACGCCCUAUGGAAGGAAGGAAAAAUUGUUAAAGUUACAAAACAGUGUGUUCAUGUACAGCAAGGCGAAUGUAUUUUACAAAUUGAUUGGAAGCACUCAUGUCGUGUUUUACCUGAUUUGACUUUGGAAGUUUUCAAACCUUCGGAACUUCCAAAUGCUUUAUAUAAUCAACGAAAAGACUUGUGUGGACACAAAAGUCGCGCACAAGAGGACAAUGAAUGGAAAGCAAGCAGCCAACAGUGCGUCUUAAAAGGAGAACGGUUAAUUUCAUCCAAUGACAGUUUUGGAAGCUGGGAAAAAUACACCAAAGGUUUUGGAUCUCGUAUGCUUAUGCGAAUGGGUUAUAAGCUCGGUGAGGCGUUAUCUCCUCCAUCUUGGAAACCGUGUCAUCGACCCAAAUUAAUCGAACCUUUAAGUGUGCGCGUUUUACGCCCUAGAGCGGGAUUAGACAGUGUAAAAGAUACAACAAAAACGAAAAAGAUGCGUGGUUGGGAAAAAAAGCGUUUUAAAAAAGCGUCUUUAGAAGAGAAAAUAUCGGCUUGUCGUGCGUUGCGUCUUGUGAAUGAAACGUUUGUUUGUGAACCAAAAUGUUCGAAAACAAACCAAUGGGAAAAUGAGUGUGUUGUCUAUGGUAAAAGUGACGCCGCAUUACGACAAGAGUUAAUUGUUUUAAAGGACAAGGAGUUUCAAUUAAAAAAUGACAUUUCUUCUUUACAAAAACAUGUCGAACGUCAUCAAAGUAAACAGUGGUCAUUUCUUCUUAUUCUUAUAACGCGCUUCUUUUUAGAGACCAAAGUGCAAAACAAAUUAACACUCAUGUAUACUCGAAAAUUAAAGGAAAAAGAAAAAGAAUUACUUGAUUUACAAAAAGUGCAUUGUUCCAUUAAAAAUCAAUUACAAUUCAAUCAAUCGACCAUUGCAUUACAAACUUUUUAAUAAGAAGAAUUUUUAUUUUUUCGAGUCAGUCAAAAAGCAAGAAGACAGUUUCAUUUUUUUAAAAAUGUAUGGGUACAUGUCAUUUCCUUUUUAAUAAAAAAAAAGGAAAAGACAAUCAUUUUGUUGAGAAGAGAAAAAAAAAAACACACACACACACACACACAAUGUGAAAAAAUUUUUAAU